AUUUUGUUAUCAACAUAAAAGUCAAUCGGCAGAAAUUAUCAGGUACCUAUACACACACAACGCACAUUUAAUAAAAUAUUUAUUUAUAAUUAUUUUUAUACUGUACCGGUAAUUUGUUAAAAUACACGUAAGGUAUCAGUAGCGCCGCCGAAACCAGCAGUCAAGUGUAGAGGGUCGGUUAUCGCUCUUUUAACGAACGGGACCACCGCCCGGUGGUGGUUCAUGAUGGGUACCCGAACCGUAUUUAUUUUUAUCGAAAUGGUACACAUGGAAUAUUAAUUAAGAGUGUUGUGUGGGAGUUUUAAACGUGGGCGGCGGUCGGGGUUGGACCGGGGCACCGGCGCAUGCCCCGGUGGGCAGUUGAUAUUUUGGUUAAAUGAGGCCAUUUAUGUUUUUUUUGUUUUUAACUUAAUGCGUCUAUCUUAUAUAAUAUAAAUAAGGAAUAUCGCACUGUAACGUGACGUCAACGAUGGUGUAUUAUGCUUCGACACGGAAUUCGAUAAUUCGUACUUCGUAGUUGGUAGUUGGAACGUAAUAACGUCGUGAUAAAAUAUUUAUAAAUAGAAAAACUGUAAAAAAAUGUGUAAAACAAAAGAUGGGUAAAUCAUAAUGGUACCGUUAGUUUUAUCGUGUUAGUUCAAACAACAUUAACCAAAAGAAAACGUUGGUAUGAGUAGACACGGACGUGGAUAAUGAUAAUAUCAAAACUGUUUUUUGAUUAUAAUAAUUUUUAGUUCUAUCCACUUUAGAGUCCAAAUCAAUAUUAUUACUGGUAAGUAAUUAUUUUAGUAAAAAUUUAUAUGUUCUAACUCAAUUAAAAUUAAACGUUUAAACAUAAUAUUGCAUCAAAUUGUUUUUGUAAAAUUCAUCUUAAUAGGUAGGUUAUUAUAUCAAUGUCUUGCAUUUGUUUAUGCAUAAAGAAGCGAAGUCGAGUUAAUGUAUAACAUUGCAUUUGAAAGUAUUCAAAUGGACCUAUGUAUAUAUUGUUUUUUGAGUUACCAUUUUCAGUUAACAAACAUUUGAUUGGGUACUUAAAAAGUUUCAUCGAGACCGCUUGAAAUUAUUUUGCUCGGGCCGUGUUAUACAGCCAGUCCAACCUUGGUGGUGGUCUGUAUAACUUUUUAUCUGCCUCCAUUUUCUUAAAACAUGGUUCGGCGCUACUGCGAUAAUAUGUUGCGUUCGUACAUUUAUACGAAAUAACAUUGGAUACGAAUUAUUAAACUGUUAUUUGAUACAUUUUAUUUAAGUGACUGUACAUUUUUUUUAAGUAGGAUAAAGGAGGUAAAUAUGUCUUCUGUCUUUCCGAUAUCCUUGUUACACGGGAUCCGGGCGUCCACGAACUCGGUUGAAGAACUAAAAAAUAGAUUGAUGUAAAAUUGGUAGACAUGUAAUUUAAUGUAUCCGAUUUUUAAACAACAAUGCCGAUAUUAUAUUUAUAUUUAGAUAAGUAGGCAUAGUCAAUAAGGUGCCACUUAAAAUACAUCUUUUGGGGGAUAUUUUAAACGUAUGGAAGACGUUUAAAAACAUAUGGACAUACUUCGCAUGACGGGUGGGCUGCGGCUGCUGUUGUAGAUGAGAAGUUUUGAAAGUCAAGGGAAAUUAAAUGUAUAUCUAUACGCUAACGAAAAACGAUUCUGAGCAGAGUUCGGUUAUACAUAUUUUAAAAGACCGUAAUAUUUACGAUUUUUGUCAAAAUUUGCAUUCAAAUUCUCUCAAUUUUUUUUUGUUUACCGUUAAGCAUAACUUAUAAUGAAUCUUCUUCUUAAUUUUCAAGAAAUGUUCAAUUUUGUUAUAUUUUGCAUUUCUGUUUGGUCUAACAAUUUUAUCCACACAGUAGGUACCUGCCCAAUAAAUAUUACGUAAAAGAAACUAGCAAAUUUAAAAUGUCUAUACAUAGCUCGGAUAUGGCUCAAAUGUAUUGAACAUUUUACCACAUCUAUAUAAAAGGCAAAUAUAAAGUUUCUGUCCAAACUUCAAAUAUCACAUUUUCGACUAAGAAAAAAAGCAAAAUAGAAAAAUAUAAAACCAUUUUUUUCGUAAACUUUUCUGUUUUUCCUACGUUUUUUUCCCGGUUUUCACCAAUUAUUUUUAAAACUGUUUAAAAAUCAAAAAAUUAUCUUCUUAAAGUAUCUACCACCUCAGUCAAAUUUUAUUUCAGAAAAGGUAUAUUACACUUAAAAUCAGAGCAAAAUUUCUGGUAGUAAAUUUGUUCGCAGAAAAAAAAUAAUGAAAAAAUAAACAUCAUUGUACAAUCAAUACAUUCCUCGAACCGCUCAGGAUUUAAAACAAUGUUUGAGCAUCUUGUUAAUUUGUUCUACACGAUGUUUAACGACAUCGGACGAAUCGUAAGAUCAAUACAUUAAGUUUUAGAGGUCACUACUAGCUGAUGAAAAGAACAUAAAAAAGGACUUGCCAGAGCCGUAGCACGCUACUAUGGCUUGACAAAACUGGCUCAGAUUAAGAGCGUUUCUCUGAAAUCGACGAAAAAUCCAGAAUUCAUACAUAAUAGAAGUACAAAAUUUUAACGAAAAGGAAUAGACGGAGACUAAUAAGAGCGGACACAUUUUUGUGUGGCGUGCAGAUGCGUUGAAAAGUAUUGUUACGGCUCUGACUUUUACAGGGGUACUUUUAUCAGCUGGUUGUGACAUUCAAAACUCAAAACAAAAUUAAUCAAAACCGUUCUAUUUUGUUAGGUAAACGUUUGGUACGCAUUUCGAAGUUGACAUGGAGAAAUUAAUUUAUGUUAUUUGUCUGAUAUUCGUGCUUCGGACUAUAUCGUCACAAAUCAAUACUAGUGAGUGUUUUAUUAUUAUUUGUUUAAUACGGGCGUGCUAUUGCGUUUAUACUACUUAUUUUAGGUGCACAUUUCUAUAUUAGCUAAUAGAUUAUUAUAAUCAGAAAACUAUACUGAUGUGUAGAGUUAGCCAUUACUCAUUAUUAAAGGGUAUCGAAAAUUUAAAAUACAUAUUAUAGAAUUUUGUUGGGGACACGGAAUAACGGUUAACUAGAAUAGGUAUGGGAGUAGAAACAGGGAGACACGUUGUUAUUUUUAUUCCCCCGCUCCCGUUAAAUACUGUGCAUGUUGCCUAUGCAAAGCAGUGUUAGACAGUUAGUUAUUUAUACAAAUAUUAAUUUUUUUAAUUGUUAUUGAUAGGAUGUACAACUCCGAAUCAGCUCGACGGCAUUUGUAUCAAUAUUCAACGUUGUAUAUUGUUAGAUACGAUGUUUAAAGAUCCUAAUAGAAACGAUACUGCUAAAAACCUUCUUUCAAAAUCGUUUUGUGGACACGAAGGCACUUAUCCCAAAGUAUGUUGCCCAACGUCAUCCGAUUAUGAAACGGUUUGGUCGUCUAAAUUACCCUCUCGAAAAAAAUGUGGAAUACCUAGUACUACCAAAGUUAAAAUCGUCGGAGGAACACCGUCGGAAUUGGGUAAGAAUGACAAAGAGGUUCUUACAUUAAAAGUGAAAAAAAUAAUGCGGUUUUUAGUACUUUUUACUAAUUACUAAGGUACAAUUAAGUUAAAUUAAGAUUACUUAUUAUUAUUGAAGCCAUCCAUUUGUUUAGGUGCUUGGCCCUGGGUAGCAGCUUUAGGAUACAAAUACAUUUAUAAGCCAAACAAUGAUCAUGAAUUUUUAUGUGGUGGAGCUUUGAUAUCGGAUAGAUAUGUAGUAACAGCUGCUCAUUGUACGAUCGGCUCUGCUCUUAAGAAUAAAAUAUUGUAAGUUGACAAUUAUUAAUUAUUCUCAUUUUUUAACUGUUUCUGUUCGUUAAAUCAUUGCAUGAUAUGGUGGUUAAUAAAAUAAUAUAAAUUGUAAUUGCAUACUUAAAAAAAAAAAAAAAAAACAUUAUUCAAUCAUAAAUUGUUUUUAUCUUCUAAUAGCUCAUUUCUAAUUUUGUUCAGGGAUAUCGUGCGUUUAGGUGACUUAGAUUUAGAUCCUACCAAGAACGAUGAAGCCACGCCCAUUAAUUAUGCAGUUACACGUAUUUUAAGACAUACAGAAUAUAAUGCUUCAAAUUUCACUAACGACAUUGCGUUAUUAAAAUUAAACAGCAGUGUUGCUUUUACCGGUAACUUUUUUAAUAUUUUUAUAUGUAUAGUUUUUAAAAUUGUUUACAUUUUACUAAACUGAAACAAUAUCUAUACAUCUGUGCUCGAUAGUUGAAACGUUUAUAUUAUUUGUUGAAAUUCGUCAGCGACCAUUACACUUAUCAUUCUGUGAAGUAAAAAAAAAAAAAAAAUAAUAAUAAUUAAUAAUAUUGUAGAUUAAUCAUUUAAUUAUUAAAAAUAAUUGUAAAACGUAGUGUUAACUGCACAUUACCGAAGAAAAAAACAAGCCUUACAACAUCAUUAAAUGUAGUAUACAGAGUAAUUCACAUCAACUUUUAAACAACCUUGAUAUCUUCAACAAAUUCAAACUUUACAUUAUAAUACAAUUAAUGGUAGGUAGAUAUAAAUGUAUAAUAAACAAAUUUUACCUAGAUAAAUUUUUAAUUCAUAAACAAAUUUUUCAGACAUAUAUAAUUUAUAUUUUAAUAAUAUGAGGGGAGAGGAUUUAAUGUACAAACGGAUACUAAUUUUUUGGUCUAUUUAUAAGAUUGAGGUUUAAUUUUUAAAACCAUACAAUAAGAACAAUAACUAAAGAGUCGAUUUUUAGGUUUCCAAAAAUGUAAAAAUCUGGUUCUAAUAUGAAAUGAUUAAGUAUAGUUUCAAAAAAUGCUUAAAACAGAAAAUCUUUAAAAUUCUCAAAAUUUCCAAUAUAAUAUGCCCUGUAGUAUAAAAAACAAUUUUUUUCAACGAAUUAUGGAAUCAGCCAACAGUGAACAGCAUCAUAAAGCCAAUACAUUAAUGUACAACCUUAAAAUCGUAAAAUUUUCGAAAGAUGACAUUGUAUAUGCGUACUUAAAUAAUUUGUUCGUGUGAUUAGUGUCAGAUGUAUACGUUUUUAUUUAAUCUUUAUAAUACUUGUAAAUGUGUGUUAUUUAUUUUAUAGAAUUGAUUAAACCUAUAUGUUUGCCAGUUAUGUCCAAGAUGAGACAAAAUAUGUUUGUUAAAUAUCAACUAUAUGUUGCAGGUUGGGGAACUCAAGGAUUUCGUAAGUACUUUAUGAGUGCUCAGAAAUUAUAAAAUAUUAUAAAAAUACUUUACAAUAUCAUAAUAUUAUAAAUAUUAUACUAGUAUACUAUUAUAUUGCAUUUAACAAGUAUUUUUCAGUAUAAAAAAAGAAAAAUAUUUAUGAUAAUGUCCUAGGCAAUUGCGUGUAAGUUACAUAAAGUUUUUCCACUCAAUUAAUAAUACAUUGAAUAUUUCAUGAAAUCUAUGUUUGAGAAUUAUUUCAUAAAGUAUAUUUUGUUCUCCCAUGUUUUUUUUCUAAUUGUUUGUGGUUGGCCACCAUGAUCCUCUCGAAUCUAUUUCCCUACAGAGAGUUUUUUUAAUGUAUAUGUCAAAAAUGAUCAUAACCAUUGAACCAAUGUGAUAAUACCUACUUGUUUAAAGCGCCAGCUAAUACCCGUGACUUAGUCCACGUAUAGAAUUUCUUUAUACUUUCUCUAUAUACGGGUCGCACGAAACGUAAGUAGGUUAUUGAUGUAGACAAGUUGUGAAUAUAUACUUCUAGCAGUCAAAAACGGUAACAGAUAUUUAAACUUAUCUUAUUACUUACAAGUUAACUUAAAAAUACGAUGUCAUUUAUGAUUUUCUCUCGAAAUUAUACUUGAUGAUGAGAGCAUCAUUAUACACACUACGAAUAUUUCUCAUAUCGCUCUCAAUCAUGUUUAACCAUGUUCUUAUCGGUCUUCCCUCUUUCCGUCUUAUUUGUUUUUGUAAAACUACUCUUACAGCCAUUAAUUCAGUGGAUCAUAGUUUUAACCUUUCGACAUUAGCCCAUUAUAUCAAACUUUUUACUUAUAAUUUCAACCUUCGUGGGGUACCUAUUAUAUUAUUAUAAGAAAAUGUAUGAUAAUAAUUUCAUACAAUAUAUAGCACGGUAAUUAUCAUUUUAUAAAUAUUUAGGACAAUUAUUUUGUAUUAAUUAGAUGUUUUGUGCCAGGAAUAAAAAUACUUUAAGAUAUUAAUAUAAUGUACAUAUUUUAUAAUGUGGCCCUUAUUUUAAACAUAUUUAGGAGGACCAUCGAGUUCUGCUUUAUUGGAAGUUCAAGUACCAGUAAGAGAAAACAAAGAAUGUAAAGAAUUAUAUUCCAAGCAGCCGAAUAUAAUCGACGAGAGAGUGUUGUGUGCUGGGUACGUGGAUGGCAAAAAAGAUUCUUGUCAAGUAUGGACUAUCGAAUUUUACUGGAUGAUUUUGUUAUUAAACAUAUGUGUACUUCAUUUAAUGAAUUUCAGGGCGAUUCUGGAGGUCCUUUGAUGUGGCCAAAUGGAACUCAAUACUAUUUAGUGGGCGUCGUGUCUUUCGGUGUAGGAUGUGGUGAUAAAUCUUAUCCAGGUGUAUACACUAGGGUAUCAGCUUUUAUGGAAUGGAUUGUAAACAAUAUGAAUAAUAGUUGAAAUACCCAUAUUAUUUAAUACAAUUCAAAUUUUGUUGAUAUGAAUGAUAUAACCGAAGAGUUAGUAAAAAAAAGACAAUUUGGUAGGUACUUAAUUUGUUUGAAAUAUUGUUAAACAUUUUAGGCAGUAUAACAAACUGACUAUUAUAACUAAAGUAAAAUGGUAUCUUGACAAAAUAUAAUAUAGCGUACAAUUUUGUGAUUUUAUAAUUACCUAUUAUUAUCACCAAUAAAAUAUAUCGAAACUCA